CAAUUUAACUUUAUUUUUAUAGGAAACAUGUCUAAGGGACCAGCAGUCGGUAUCGAUCUCGGGACCACCUACUCCUGUGUUGGUGUGUUCCAGCAUGGCAAAGUUGAAAUCAUCGCCAACGACCAGGGCAACAGGACCACACCCAGCUAUGUGGCAUUCACAGAUUCUGAGAGGCUGAUCGGCGAUGCAGCCAAGAACCAGGUUGCCAUGAACCCCACCAACACAGUUUUUGAUGCCAAACGACUGAUUGGGCGCAGGUUUGACGAUGGAGUUGUGCAGUCAGACAUGAAGCACUGGCCAUUUAAUGUCAUCAAUGACAACACUCGCCCCAAAGUUCAAGUUGAGUACAAAGGCGAGUCAAAGUCCUUCUACCCAGAGGAGAUCUCGUCUAUGGUGCUGACAAAGAUGAAGGAGAUCGCCGAAGCCUACCUCGGAAAAACUGUCAACAAUGCUGUAAUCACAGUACCCGCCUACUUCAAUGACUCCCAGCGCCAGGCCACAAAGGAUGCUGGCACGAUCUCUGGCCUCAAUGUUCUGCGUAUCAUCAAUGAACCAACCGCUGCUGCCAUUGCAUAUGGGUUGGACAAGAAGGUUGGGUCUGAGAGGAACGUCCUCAUCUUUGAUCUUGGUGGCGGCACCUUUGAUGUGUCCAUCUUGACCAUCGAGGAUGGCAUCUUUGAGGUAAAGUCCACAGCUGGA